AUGCAGAUUUAUAUUGUCUAUACCGGAGAUACCGUCAAAGAUGAAGCUGCUUCUUUACUCCAUUAUAAUUAUUUGCUACAACAGGCUACAGACAGAUUACAUAAUUUCAACGGAUUUGUGGUGAAGCUAACAGAAAAAGAAACUGAUAGAAUGGCAGGACUUGUUGGCUUUACACAACAGAAAAGCUUCAAUGAUAAAGGGUUCAGUCCACCACCUACCAAAUGGAAGGGUUCAUGCCAAGCUUCUGAUUUUACAUGCAAUAAUAAAUUAAUUGGAGCAAAGUUUUAUCCAGCACUCCAUAAUGAACUAACCUCAAAAGAUAUCGAAUCUCCUAGAGAUUCAAGAGGUCAUGAUACGCAUACAGCAUCAACGGUGGCUGGAAAUUCUGUUAGUAUGGCAAGCAUGUUAGGCCUUGCACAAGGAACCGCUAGAGGAGGAGUUCCAUCAGCACGCGUUGCUGUAUAUAAAGUGUGUUGUUAUGAAGGAUGCAAUGAAGCAGAUAUUCUUGCUGCAUUUGACGAUGAAAUUAAAGAUGGAGUUGAUAUAUUAUCAGUCGAAUCUUUUCAUGCUAUAAAGCACGACGUGCUGACAGUAUUUUCAGCCGGGAACACAGGUCCAUAUCCUAAAUCUAUACAAAAUUAUCAACCUUGGGCAAUUAUUGUUGGUGCUACCACCUUGGAUAGAAAGUUUAUUACCAAGGUCAAAACAGGAGACAAUAGAACUUUCAAGAUACAUUUUAUUAGUUUCUUUUUCAUAUGCUCUCCUACAUUCAUCCUUAAUGACUUCAAAAUAUUAAGACACGGUAUUUCUAUGAACAAAUUUGACCUUCAUGAAAAAUUUUAUCCAAUAAUCUAUGGUGGGGAUGCACCAAAUAAAGAAGCAGACUUCGAUCAACACUCAUCAAGGUAA